AUAAAUGAAACGGAGUUCUUUAUCGAUAGUCAAACAUUGCGCCAUUUAUUGAGCUCAGAUAUACAAUUAGCUUGCUAGCUAGCCACAGAGCUAGUUCAAACAGCUAACGUUAGCUAGCUGGUAGCUGUAUGAAAUUAGUAACCUUUAGUAUUAUAGCUAGGCUAGCCAGCUUUGACGCACGCUAACUGUGUGUUAGCUUUAUAGCUAGCUGAGCAACAACAAUUCCAACAUUGACAUUCAACUCAUCAACAACAAUUUGACUAAAUUGUCAGCGGCGUCCUAUCAAGUAUUGAUUGAUGUUGGGAUCAUUGAACAUAAUUAGCGUAGUAGAAAAUACCACCAAGGAAUAACUAACAACCUGUUUGGCUUUGGCAGGUGCGUGGUUCCACUUUGCGUGCUAGCAAACCUAUGUCUUCUUUGCAGAGGAAGAAUAAUCAUGAAAACCCUGGUGGUUUUUGACUUCGACUACACCAUAGUGGACGACAACAGCGAUACCUGGGUCAUUAAGUGUGUUGCUGGUGAAUGUCUGCCAGACAUAGUCAAGAACACCUACAAGAAAGGACGCUGGACAGAGUACAUGGGGCGCGUUAUGUCUUACAUCGGAGACCAGAAGGUCAGCCCGGACGCGGUUCGCAGUGUAAUGGAGACCAUACCAUUUACUGAUGGAAUGAUGGAACUUCUCAGGUUUAUUGCAAACAAUAAAAAUGACAUUGACUGUAUCAUCAUAUCAGAUUCAAACACUGUGUUCAUCAACUGGAUCCUGCAAGCUGCUGGGAUUCAAGAUUCAGUUGAUCGUAUUUUCACCAACCCUGCCUCUUUUGACAAGCGUGGAUACUUGGAAAUAGAAUGUUACCAUUCUCACAGUUGCAGGCAGUGUCCUGUCAAUAUCUGUAAGAAGAAAGUGUUGACUGAUUUCCUAGCAGAGAAGUCAAAAGGAAAUGAGGAGUAUCAGAGAAUUUUCUAUGUAGGGGACGGGGGCAACGACUUUUGCCCCUCAAACAGUCUGAAGUCAGUUGAUGUCGUGUUCCCUAGGAAGGGGUUCACUUUAGAGAGACUGUUGUCUAGACAAAGUGCACAACAAGAGGAGGAUUCAUUGAAACCGAAAGUGAUAGGAUGGACAAGUGGGAUCGAGAUCCUAAAUGAACUGAAAUCAUCACUUCAACUGUAGGCAUAGGAUGGUUAUUGACCCUAGGCUACACUGUAAUCACUCUUUUGUUCAGUGCACUUCACAAUUCAAUGUGUAUAUAUGAAGAUAUGAUAUUAUCAAAACAAAUUGCACUUAACACUUGAUGAAUAGAUUCUUUGUGUGUACUACAUUUUAUUAUUUUACUAAUUAAGAAGCUCUUAUCCAGAACAACUUAUAGUUAGUGUUUUAAUAUAGGUGGGUCAACUGCCAAACCCGGUAGUAGUACGCCUUACUCAGUGAAGUCGCUAUCAGAAUGUCAAUGAUGUAUUGAGGGAGUUGUUUUAGAUGCUCUUUUAAAAUGUCUGGCUCUCAAAAACACUGUAACAUAAAUCCAUUGAACAGUUAAAAAAAAAUUAUCAGUUUUUUGUGUCUGCCUUGUACUUUUUUUUGAAGCAGUUCUAUGGUAAAUGUAUGCAACGUUCUGGCAUGAUUUGACCACUCCUUUUGAUUUUCCUUGCCCAAUGUAAAACCACACAGCUGCAGUGAUGUUGAGGUUGGUAGUUCUGGGGUGUUCAGUGUUAUAUUGUGAGUGUUCUGUUGAAAGACUUCAGUUUCAAGUAGAUCUUAAUUGUCUUUGCAUUAGGAUUGAUUUUAUUGCUCAAAGAUAACAUUUUACCAGACUGUCACAUAUAGCCAUUUCCUGCACGAUUUCUCAUGUUCAAAGUGCUUACUUUGAAGCCGGAUGCAUGCCAGAUCUUAUUUGAUUUCCACCUGUUCCUAUGCACAAAUCUGAGAAAAAAUCACAACACCUAAAUAGUUCAGUAAGAAAUUCAGCAGCCCAUCACCAUGACAGGCAUGAGAACGGUGGCAAAGUUCAAAUUCAGACAUUUCAACAUAGCUGGAACUGAGUCCUAUAGGAAAAACAACAUUAAAUAAUUCUAAAACAGCAUUCAAAGAUUGCAAUGUACUGCCUGUGGUGGUUAUGUGAAACAGCAUUAAUCCUCACACUGACACCUUCAGAUUACAAUUUUAUCCCCCUUAUGGUUUUGUAACGUCUAAUUCGCAAUUAUGGCCUGGCCCAGACUCAACUCCUGGAGGUGCGGAGGAGUUGUAGAUAAAGAUGUACUGUCCAUGCCAUGCCUGUCUGCUUAUAAUCACACUGCUUCCUCAGCUAAGAUGUUUUCAUUGACACAAAUACAGGGUGGAGCAUAACAUCAACCAACAACAACAAUUUAGCUUGUGUAGCUAAUGUGAAAUGGCUAUGCAGUUAGUGGUUGGAGCUGGUAACUUUUUAAUUGGUUGUGUAAUUUGCUCUGAGACUUUGAAAUAAUUAUUUGUCUUAUAUUGCAAGGCUAUGCCUUUUGGGGCACCGUUGUCAGUGUGUUUGAAGGGGCGCUGGUGUGGGGAGCUCAGACAGAGGAAGCUUGGCUGUAUUAUAAUGGUUUUAUUUGCAUCUUGGUGACCCCUGCAUAUGGUUAGUUGGGUGUUAAAGUUCCUUACUCUGAGCUUUUAUGCAAUUUUGAAGUACAUUGACAGCACAAUAUAAAAAGUGUAUUUUGCUGAAUC